AUGGAAGGAAAAUUUUGCUUGGUCACCUUGUUUUGUUCAUGGCUACUAUUCCUGGCAUGCAAUGCAGAAAAAGGAGCAAAAUCCCAAUCCCAAUCCCAACUUGAUAUCAGAAAAUAUGGUUCUGGCUCCGAAAUUAGCAAGGCAUUGUUGGUUGCUUGGAAGGAGGCAUGUAACGCAACAACGCCAAGCACAAUUUUGAUUCCACAAGGCAUAUUUUCAAUGAAUCAAGUGAAACUGGAAGGUCCAUGCAAGGCACCUAUCCAGCUUAGGGUACAAGGCACCAUUAAAGCCAACCCGGAUCCUUACCAAUUCAAGGAGGGUGCUUGGAUCACAAUCAAUUACUUGACCCAAUUCACUCUCUCUGGUGGUGGAACCUUUGAUGCCCAAGGUAGCACUGCUUGGAAGCUAAAUGAUUGUGCCAAAACAGGAAAGUGCACCAAGCUCCCAAAUAGUUUUAGCUUCAAUUUCCUGAACGAUUCAGUUGUGAGGGACAUAACAUCCAAGGACAGCAAACUAUUUCACAUGACCGUUCUGGGUUGCAACAACCUUCAAUUUUCCCGGGUUACGAUUACGGCGCCGGAAACAAGUCUCAACACGGACGGAAUCCACAUCGGGCGUUCCAACGGGGUGAACGUCAAGGAUUCGGUUAUAAAAACAGGGGAUGAUUGCAUCUCGAUUGGGGACGGGGCGAAACAAAUUCGGGUGAACAGGGUAACAUGUGGGCCGGGUCACGGGAUCAGUGUGGGGAGUCUCGGAAAGUACCAGAAUGAAGAACCUGUGGAGGGAAUUUUCGUCCGGAAUUGCACCUUGAUCAACACCAUGAAUGGUGUGAGAGUGAAAACUUGGCCAGCUGCACAACCUGGCUCUGCAACCAAUAUGCAUUUUGAUGACAUUGUCAUGCAAAAUGUCAGCAACCCAAUUUUCAUUGAUCAACAGUAUUGCCCCUCCAACCAAUGCAGCCUCAGUGCACCUUCAAAGGUUAAAGUCAGCAAAGUCACCUUCAAAAACAUUACAGGGACCUCAUCAACUCCGGCCGCAGUGAGCCUAAUUUGUAGCUCUACUUUUCCCUGUCAAGGUGUGGAGAUUGGUACCAUCGAUUUGAAAUUCCCAGGAGGCCCAGCAGCCGCCAAUUGCUCAAAUGUGAAGCCAGUAUUUACCGGCACCCAAAACCCUCCGAUCGUCUCAAAUGCUCAAAUUUUUGACAUCACAAAGUAUGGUGCAAAACCUGGUGGUGCUGACAUUAGCCAGGCAAUGUUGGAUGCUUGGAAAGCUGCGUGUACUUCUACAACACCGAGUACAGUUUUGAUUCCAAAGGGCACAUUUACACUGAAAGAAAUAUACUUAACAGGUCCAUGCAAAGCCCCUCAAAUUACACUUACUAACCACGGCACUGUCAUUGCCCUCCCAGAACCAACAUCAGUGAAGAAAGACAAUGAAUGGAUAAUGAUACAAUAUGUCGAUCAUCUCACAAUUAACGGCAAUGGUAUCUAUGAUGGUGUUGGAGCAAAGUCUUGGGGACUAAAUAAAGAACAUUGUUGGAAUUCCACACAAUGCAAUCAAUUUCCAGACAAUUUUGGCCUACAUAACCUCAAGCAUUUAACGGUUAGGGACAUAACGUCCAAGGAUUCUAAAUUGUUCCACUUCAUUGUGAUUGAUACUCAAAAUGCGACGUUUCAAAAUUUGAAAAUCACGGCACCUGAAAGUAGUCCUAACACAGAUGGUAUCCACAUUGGAAAAAGCAGACAAGUAACCAUUAUAGACACAUCUUUCAAAACAGGUGAUGAUUGUGUCUCCAUUGGCGAUGACACUCAAGGAGUUAAUGUUACAAGGAUUAGUUGUGGACCUGGACAUGGAAUCAGUGUCGGAAGUCUCGGAAAAUAUAAUACUGAGAAACCCGUCAUAGGAGUCUGGGUGACUAACAGUAAUCUCUCUAACACCAUGAAUGGUGUCAGAAUCAAAACAUGGGUGAACUCUCAACCAAAUGAAGCAUCCGAUAUGCAUUUUGAAAAUAUUCGAAUGGAUAAUGUCGGCAACCCUAUCAACAUCGACCAACUCUAUUGCCCAUCCAGUGGUUGCAACAUGAAUAUUCCAUCAAAGGUUAAACUCAGCAAAAUCAGUUUCAAAGGCAUUACAGGCACUUCAUCGACUCCGGUCGCCGUGAGUUUAGUUUGCAGUUCUACUUUUCCAUGCCAAGGCGUGGAAAUUGGUACCAUUGACUUGAAAUUCAAAGGAGGUGUUGCACAAUCCAAUUGCUCAAAUGUGAGGCCAGCAUUUUCCGGCACCCAAAACCCUAAGCUGAAUUGCAGAUAA